AUAGUGCAACGAGUGGUCGUUGGUUGAUGAUGAUGAUGAUGGGAAGGAAUUCCUAGCUGACAUGAAAACAUUAGAUAUCAGUUUGUGUACGUUAGCAACCGGAUUGGGCUGCUGAUUUCUUGAAAAUACGGUAUACAGUGAGUAUUUACUAAAGUCAAGCAUCAUGGAUAACGUGCACCUUGCCAACGAGGAUGAAGAUGACAUGUACGCAGGAUUCAACGAUUAUAAUCCAAUGUAUGAUACAAAUGAGCUGGAAACUGAUGAAGGGUUUCAGCAAGCUGUUAGGACAAGCCAUGGUAGAAGGCCACCCAUGACUGGUGCACGGAAUCAGAAUCGUCUUAAAACUGGAAUGCUGACAUCGUCUAUGGGAAGACUGGUGACAGGAAUGGCUACUGAGAAUGCUACAGCCAGGCCAAUGACAGCUGUUCGUGGGGCUGGCUAUUCCUCAGCUGGUAGAGGUCAAGUAUUUGACCCUCUUAAUCAGGCAGCAAGCCGAGGACCAGCACCGCCUCUCGAAGCGAAGGCCGAAGACACACCAGAAGAGAAGAUAAAACAACUAGAACAACAGGUCAACGAUCUCAUCGAGGCCAGUUGCUUUGCCCACAGUCGAGGGGAACUCGGUUUGGCUCUGGAGAAAGCAAAAGAAGCUGGACGCAAAGAGCGUAUACUCGUCAGACAACGUGAGCAGAACCAAACCAGUGAUCAAAUUAAUUUAGAUCUGACAUAUUCUAUUUUGUUCAACUUAGCCAAUCAGUAUGAAGCUAAUGAAAUGUUUACAGAAGCCUUGAACACUUACCAGGUCAUAGUGAAGAAUAAGAUGUUUUCUAAUGCAGGACGUUUGAAGUUAAACAUGGGUAAUAUUCACUACAAGCAGCGUAACUUCUCCAAAGCCGUCAAGUAUUAUCGUAUGGCACCUGUCUCUUAUACACAUAAAAAUUUUAGGAUAAGAAUUAUGCAGAAUAUCGGAACUGUAUUUAUAAAGAUGGGUCAGUACAGCGACGCCAUUACAUCCCUUGAGCACAUCAUGUCUGAACGGCCGGACCCCAAGACCGCCUUCAACCUCAUCCUCUGCUACUAUGCCACUGGAGAUCGCGACAAAAUGAAAAGGACGUUCCAACGACUCCUCCAAGUUGAUCUGAAGAUGGACGAUGAAGACAAAUACUUACCACAUCCAGAUGACAAGCAUGAAAACCUUAUCCUUGAAGUUAUCAAGAAUGAUACCCUGAGGCAAAAAGAAAAGAUAAAGAAAGCAGAAUUGGAAAGAUGCGUGAUGGCAGCUGCCAAGCUCAUAGCGCCCUCUAUAGAGCAAACCUUCUCUGCUGGCUAUGACUGGUGUGUUGAUUGCGUCAAGCAGUCACCUUUCACUGAAAUGUCAAAUGAUCUGGAGAUCAACAAAGCCAUCAUGUACCUCAAACAGAAGGAGUUUCAGAUGGCAGUUGAUGUUCUGAAGUCGUUCGAGAAGAAAGACACCAAGUGCGCAGCUGUCGCCGCAAAUAAUCUGUCGUUCCUCUAUUUUUUACAACACGACUACAACCAAGCAGAAAAGUACGCUGAGCUAGCCAUGACCGCUGAUCGGUACAAUCCCAGUGCUCUGGUAAAUAAAGGCAACUGCAUCUAUGCAACGGGUCAAUAUGACAAGGCUCAAGAGUACUACCGUGAAGCGUUGCGAACAGAGUCCUCCUGCACUGAGGCUCUCUAUAACCUAGGGCUUGUAAACAAGCAGUUAGGGCAGAAUGAAGCAGCAUUGGAGUGUUUUCUCAAACUGCAUGCUAUCCUGAGGAACAGUGCUGAGGUCAUUUAUCAAAUAGCAUGUCUGUAUGACCUCAUAGAUGAUGUGCCGCAGGCUACAGAAUGGUUCAUGCAAUUAAUAGGCAUCGUACCAACAGAUCCUGCAAUUCUGGCAAAACUUGGCGAACUGUACGACAGCGAGGGCGACAAAUCACAGGCAUACCAGUACCAUUAUGAGUCUUAUCGUUACUUCCCAUCGAACAUUGCUAUCAUCGAGUGGCUCGGAGCAUACUUCAUCGACUCACAGUUUGUUGAGAAGGCAAUCCAGUUCUUUGAGCGAGCGGCGGUGAUACAGCCGAACCAGGUCAAAUGGCACCUAAUGAUAGCUAGCUGUCACCGGAGGAGUGGUAAUUAUCAGCAAGCUCUAGAGACAUAUAAAACUAUUCACCGCAAAUUUCCAGAUAACGUUGAAUGUCUGCGAUUCCUGGUUCGAAUCUGCACCGAUCUUGGUCUAAAUGAUGCCCAGGAUUAUGCCACCAAACUUAAGAAGGCCGAAAAGGCUAAAGAAUUGCGACAACAGCGUGCUUCUAGUGGGCGUGCAGGCAGUGGGCGUGCAGGCAGUGGUCGAGCUGGCAGUGGAAGGGCAGGGAGUGGCCGGAGCAGAGGUGGUAGUGCAGGCUCUGAACAAGUACGCAGCAAAGAAGACCAAGACGGUGCUGAUUCUGGUCGCGGAGGAAGUGCUGGUAGCAGUCGACAAAAUAGUGCAAGGCGAACUAGAGGGGGAAAUAAGAGGAGUUUACCUAGUGCAGAUGGCCCAUAUGAGCCGGAGGAGCGAGUUGUUGAUGCAUCAUACGUGGAUCCUCUUGGACCAUCAAUGGAAAGGCCCAAGACUGCUGCACGCAAACGUGAAUCCGCAGAAGAUGGAUUUGCUGAAAUCGAACUCGGUGACGACUUAUUACCAGAGUAGAAAUUCACUUCUUACGACAAAUCUCAAUGUCAUUCUCUGAACUAAUUACUGUAUCAUAGAUAUAAAUAUUCUGAUCAUACAAAUGCAAAAGAAAUUGGAUGAUUUUUGUGAAUAUUAUCUAGGUGUGUUUUUUUUUAGUUGAAUAUGUUUUUUUUUUUUAAUUAUUGAAGUCGUACUAAAGGUCUAAUAAAAUGUCUUGUGAUAUUUAGCAAAGAAAACCUUAACAAUAGAUUAAUCUGAAGAGUACCACAUUGUACUAAUACUGAAAUAUUCAAUAUUUGUUUAACUACACUGUAUAUACAAUAUUAUUAAUAUUUUGAAUGUUAGUAAAAUGGGAGGGGUAUUAUGGACCUAGCACUGAAUCUUUUCUCUUAUAAUGCAUAAUUUUGUCAAUGUUUCAGUCUUCUUUCAUUAUCUAUAUUACUGGUAUAUUUUGCAAUUUAUGAAAACAUACUACCAAAGAAAGUGGUGUUUAUAAACUGUUGAGUAUAUCAGAUACUGUUUAUUUUUUAUGUGCAUUUCAAAAUUUAAGAUUUGAUUAUUACUUUUUCAUUCUUUUUAGAAAAGAAUAUAUGAAAAGUUUUUUUUUUUUUUUUUUUUACUACAGCACAGGUAUCUAUACCUGCGACUAAUAAAAUAAUAUCAAUACUGAUUGAAGAUAUGUCAUUCCAUUAUUGUACAUUGAAGUUUCUGUGAUUAAAACAAGAAUAUUUUAAAGGAAUUAAUAAAUGUUAAGUACAGAUAUAAAA